AUGGCUGCCAGAGCACCAGUUGGAGGUCGCCCCGGCGCGAGGUUCGCCCAGUUCAAGCUUGUCUUGCUCGGAGAAUCUGCCGUUGGAAAGAGUUCACUGGUUCUCCGAUUUGUCAAGGACCAAUUCGAUGACUACAGAGAAUCCACGAUCGGCGCAGCCUUCCUAACACAGACAAUCUCCUUGGACGAGAACACAACAGUCAAGUUCGAAAUCUGGGACACAGCAGGCCAAGAACGAUACAAGUCGUUGGCCCCCAUGUACUAUAGGAAUGCAAACUGCGCCGUUGUCGUUUAUGAUAUCACACAAUCGGCAUCACUUGAUAAGGCGAAAUCGUGGGUCAAGGAGCUGCAGCGUCAAGCGAACGAGAAUAUUAUUAUCGCUUUAGCCGGAAAUAAGUUGGAUUUGGUUACCGAGAACCCCGACAAGCGUGCUAUCGCGACUGCCGACGCGGAGGCAUAUGCCAAGGAAGCUGGACUACUUUUCUUCGAGACUUCGGCCAAGACAAACACCAACGUUAAGGAACUGUUUACUGCCAUUGCAAAGAAGUUGCCGCUUGAUCAAGCCGGACCACGAAACUUGCGAACAAACGCCAGACCUGGUGUCGAUCUCCGACCGGAGGCUGCCGGCACCCAGGGAGCCAACGGCUGCAGUUGUUAA